CCGCUACCAAAAUGUUGGCCUGCUCUGUAUACAAGCAGUUUCAGAUUACCUUCGUUAGAAAAACAAUAAACCACGAUGCGGUAAUUUUUCAUUGGAAGUGACGUCACAUAGCUUUCAUGCUUAUUUCACCAGCAAGAUCACAUCAAAGGCCUGGCCCAAGUUUCAAAGACACUAAAUCGUGGACUUGAGGAGUAAAACAGUCGUCGUAAAAAUCAGAUAAAAAGCAACGCCUCUUGCCUAUGAAUGGAACACUGUACUUAUGCUGUUCUACGCACGUGCUAAAGCCGAGGCUUAGCGAGCACUUUAGGGCGAAGAGGGAUCAACUUUCCCCAGUUUAAUUACCGUCCCAUACUCCCUAGGGGCGCCCAGAUUACACACGAGGCGCAACAAGUCGGCGCAGACUAAAGCAGUUCUUCCAGCGGUCUGUAGAGGAAAGACGACAUCCUUUUUGGAUGAGUGAUAAAUCGUUGGGGCCUUGUUGGACGGAGCGGCAACCAACGCCACAGGCGGCGCAUUGCAGUUCAGCUCACGCACUAAACUAGGAAAGCAAAGGAGUAGAACGCAGUCAGUCAUCAUAGCAACUCUGAAACUGAAGUAAGGGGAAGUUUACCGUCAGAGAGAACCUCACAGAUCAUCCAACAUCCGACGGCUUUAGUUAUUGCUCAAGGUUUAUACACAGGAAAGGGUUCUACGUGUAUUAGACUAUAGACCAUGAGUGGAUACGCGCUUGCCGCGCCGAACGACCAUCACCACCACCAAUUUGGCUCCGAAUUCGACAAGGCACAAAAUUUCGCCACCCAAUUUAACAAGAACAGUUUUUCUGUGAGUCGAUUCCUUGACUUGGAAGAGUUGCCAAGGGAAGAUUGUGCCAUGUAUGCGAGUACGCCCCCUGACAAUACUUUACAACAGCAGCAACAGGCACAACAACAGCAGCAACAGCAGCAGCAACAGCAACAACAACAGCAACCCCACCAACAGCUACGAACUCCACCGAGUUGUGGGGCCUCACUGAAUGAAGAUGCCGAGCGCUCAAAUGGGGAAGGGGAUGACGAGCAGGGGAGAGAGGUUACAGACAAGGACGGCAAGAGAAGGCGGAAACAGCGGAGAAACAGGACGACGUUCAACAGUACGCAGCUCGCAGCUCUAGAGAGAGUGUUUGAAAGGACACAUUACCCAGACGCCUUCGUGAGGGAGGAGUUAGCCCGCAGAGUUAAUCUCAGUGAAGCAAGGGUGCAGGUAUGGUUCCAAAACAGAAGAGCGAAAUUCCGUCGAAAUGAGCGAAACAUGAUGGCUCAGCGAAACCAACUUUAUGGGCGCCCGUCUGAGGGACCAGCAAUUGAACAGCCGAUCACACCAAGACCGACGCCCAUUUCAGCAGACUAUCUUUCCUGGUCGGCGCCAGCGCAUGCGUCUUACGCCAACAAUAUGAGUCCCGUGCCGUCUUCUACGUCAUCAAGUUGCGCCCUAGCCAAUGCCUCAUACAUGUCUCCCUCUCCUCCUACGAUUGACAAUAGCAUAGCCAGUUUACGGCUAAAAGCUAGGGAGUAUAUACAGCACGUACCGUAUCCGGGAAUCCCUGGGGGAAUGCCACAGUGAUUACGCGUGAAGUGGGACGCUCAAGAAAAAGACUAUUAUUGGUGAUCGAGAAUUCGAUGUGAAUUUGGAGAGGCUUCUUUAAACAGGAAGACUGUUACAUGUACCAAAUCUGCCGCGUUUAUUUUCAAUUAUGCACUUAGUUUCGUUAAUGACUGAAAUUUCUGUUGAGUUAAAAGCCUUAACUUGGC